AUGACAACUCCAGCUUUGAAGCACAAUUUAUUGCCUCCGGGACUGGUCUCCAAUCUUCAGCAGGUCCUAUCUAGCCGCAGCAAGCCCGCCGGCGACGGCGUUGCGCCCAAACCCGACACAGGGGACGAUAACUCGGCCCCGAGAUCGUCUUCGGUGGUCGAUCCCGGUGGCGCGAUUGAUUCCAGGCCUAUAAUUUUGGUUACGAGCAGUGAUGGGAUUGAGUCGCCUGGGCUUUCGUGCUUGGUUGAUGCUCUCGUUCGCGAAGGCGCUUACAAUGUCCACGUCGUUGCCCCUCAAUCGGACAAGUCUAUGUCGGGGCAUUCAGUGUCGUUGAAGGAAACAGUCGAGGUGGUUUCAGCUGAAUUUAGUGGUGCCAUUGCUUAUGAAAUUUCCGGAACACCAGUAGAUUGUGUGUCGUUAGCAUUGUCUGGUGCACUGUUUUCAUGGUCGAAGCCUCUAUUGGUAAUAAGUGGUAUCAACAAAGGCUCAAGCUGUGGCCACCAUAUGUUUUAUUCGGGUGUCAUUGGUGGAGCCAGGGAAGCCCUAAUAAAUGGCGUGCCAUCAAUAGCUAUAUCACUAGACUGGAAAAAGGAUGAAAGUCAAGUAAGUGACUUCAAGGACGCUGUUACUGUGUGUUUACCAAUCAUAAAUGCAGCCACUAGAGAUAUAGAGAAGGGGGCUUUCCCCAAAGGUUUCUCGUUGGAUAUAGAAGUCCCAGUGUCACCCUUGGCCAACAAGGGAAUAAAGAUUACAAAGAGAAGCUGUUGGAGGUCCACUCUUUGCUGGCAAGCCAUUUCGGGCACUAGGAAUCUAGCCGCUGCACGUUUUGGGGGCGGUCAGCCAGGCAUUGGCUUGCAGUUUGCCCAGCUUGGUCGUGAUGCAUCUGCUGCUGGUGCCGCUCGACGUUUGGCUACUCAAAAGAAGAAUAUUGAGGUUGUUGAAUCAGUCGGGGUUGUUGGGAGAUCUGAUUUUAAAAGGACAACCAAGUAUUUCCGUGCAGAGAUGCUUGACAAGGAACAAGAUGAAGAUGAUGAGGAUCUCGAUUUUAGAGCUCUUGAAAAUGGCUUUGUCUCAGUUACUCCAUUCUCAGUGAUAGAUUCAGAGGUUGAGACCGCAGCUUUGAAUUGGAUUUCGACUUUUCUGUCAACUGAAAACUAA